AUGGAGAGCAGCAAAGAUUACACGGUGAGGAUUUGCCGGAAAGAAACGAUCUCGGCCGCACUUCCAUCACAGGAGCACUGGCUCUCUCUCUCGAACCUCGACCUUCUUCUUCCUCCGUUGGACGUAGGGGUCUUUUUCAUAUACACGAAGCCCCAAUUAGAGAGCUCCUCUUCUACCUUCGCUUCUCUGGUCAAAGUUCUGAAGACCUCUCUGGCCAAGUCUUUGGUUACUUACUAUCCGUUUGCCGGCGAGGUGGUGAGCAAUUCCAUGGGAGAGCCGGAGCUGCUUUGUAAUAAUCGCGGUGUGGAGUUCAUUGAAGCGUUUGCGGACGUUGAGAUUGCAGAGCUUGAUUUUCAUAACGCGGAUCAGACAUUUGAGGGGAAGCUUCUGCCCAACAAGAUGGGUGGAGCCCUCACUGUUCAGGCGACAGAGAUGAAGUGUGGUGGAAUGGUGUUAGGCUGCACAUUCGAUCAUCGCGUAGCCGACGCCUACUCCUUCAACAUGUUCCUCGUCGGUGUUGGAAGACGAGCGAGUCAAAUGGGGGUAAUGGUGGAUGGUCGGAAGCGGCUGGGGUUAGCAAUGGAUGCCUAUUUCGGGAACGUAUUGUCGUGCCUUUAUGAGUAUGUGGAUGCGGGGAAGAAGGAUCUGAAGGAGAUUGCUGAAAUUGUGAAUGGAUUAAUUGUAGCGGCGGCGAGGGAGGAGCAUUUUAGGGCAUUGGUGGAUUGCGUGGAGGUUAGGAGGCCGAAGGCGGUGGGGUCUAGGUUUUAUUUGGAGGAAGGGUUGUCGGUGUUGGUGUCGUCGGGGAGGGGGUUUCCGGCGACGGAGGUGGAGUUUGGGUGGGGGAAGGCUCUGUUCGGAUCGGGAUUGGUGGAUUGGGUGGAGGUUAGGAGGCCGGAGGCAGUGGGGCCUAGGCUUUAUUUGGAGGAAGGGUUGUCGGUGGUGGUCUCGUCGGGGAGGGGGUUUCCGGCGAGGGAAGUGGAGUUUGGGUGGGAGAAGGCUUUGUUCGGAUCGUACUAUUUUUCAUGGAAGGAGAAUUACGUUAUGCCGAUGAUGGGCGGGAGAGGAGAUGGGGAUUGGGUGGUUUAUGCAAAUUUGUCCAGGAAAAUUGUUAAAAUUAUAGAAGACGAUUCUAAUGGAUUUUUUAAGCCGCUUACUGUUGAUUAUUUGGAGAUAAAAUGA